CAACGUCCACGAAUGAUCUUGCCUUGGAACCGCGGACGGCACUUGCUUAUCACGGCGUGCACGGCACAGUUCGAGACUCUGGAAUCUUCUCUUACUGAUCACGCUCUAGGCCCUUGAUGGGUGUUGGCGUUUGAUGUUCGCGUGGCCUCGGUCUCGCCAACGAUCGGCUAACUGCGUAUGCCACACCCAUAUCCACCCCGAGCCUGUAAAAACCCGCUGGCCUUUGGAGAUAUAUCCGUAUCUAUCGGCCAGAUGGGUUUCAUACUCAUAUGAUAUGUCAGUCUCGUCGGCCAACUUGAACACUCGCAUAACCGGUAAUAACCAGCAGUUCGAACCACGCCACUACUGUCAACGUUAAGAUAAAAGUGGUCGAGAUUAUAGUGCCUGAGAUCACUGUGCUACAGAUAACCGCGCACGAAAUCAUCUUGCUCGAAUGACCACCGUGGAAGGCGAAUAAUCUUUACGGAUCCUCGAGGAAGGGAAAAAAGACGAUAGCAUCAACCAUGGCCAUCAAACCCGCCGCAGAACUUGCGAUACCCAUCAUCGACCUUGAGCCCAUGCGCUCGGGCACUUGUAAGGAAGCACACGAGACAGGCAAGAAGGUCUUCGAAGCCUUUCGAGAUGUAGGUUUCGCAUACAUCAAGAACCAUGGUCUACCCCAGGAUCUGCUGGACCAAGCAUUCGAAUGGAGCUCAAAGUUCUUUGAUCUGCCUCAAGCAGAUAAAGACAAGGCCCCUCACCCGCCGUACGGCUGGUGGCACCGCGGAUACUCGGGCAUAGGGCGCGAGAAGGUGGUGCAGAUGGUGUACGACCCGGAAUCGAUCGCCGACCUGCGCAAAUGCCCGGACUUCAAGGAAUCCUUCGAGCUGGGCCGUGAAGACGACGAGCACACGCCCAACAUCUGGUUCCCAGAAGAAGUCCUGCCGGGGUUCCGCGCAUUCAUGACGCGGUUUUUCGAGACGUGCUACACUGUCGAACUGGAUCUGUUGAGGGCCAUCGCGCUGGGCAUGGACCUGCCCGAAGAGUUCUUCCGCGAAUACCACACGAAAAAGGACAACCAGAUCCGACUGCUGCACUACCCUCCCGUCGAAGCCGAGCUGCUGCGCGACGGCAAAAUGGAGCGGAUCGCCGCGCAUUCAGAUUUCGGGACUAUGACGCUGUUGUUCCAGGACGAGGUCGGCGGGCUCGAGGUCGAGGACAUGCACGAGAAGGGCAAGUUCAAUCCGGCCCCCUUCGUGCCGGGUACGAUUGUCGUGAAUAUUGGCGAUUUCUUGCAGCGCUGGAGUAACGACACGCUCAAGUCGACGCUGCAUCGCGUCAGGGCACCGCCGAUGGACAAAAGUCAGGGCAAGGGAAUGACUAGGGCCCGCUAUUCGAUUCCCUAUUUCGUCACGGCCGAUCGUGAGAAGACGAUCGAUUGUAUUCCGGGUUGUUACGGCGAGGGGAGGCCCAAGAAGUAUGAGCCCAUCAAUGCGAGGGAGUAUAUUGAGAUGAGGUUGAAUGCGACGUACUAGGACACAAGUAACGGGAUCGUAGUACUACAUUCGAAAAUCAUCAGAGACACCGCUGUAGUAAUUUGUCGGAUUUGGACGUCGCUGGCCAUCAAAAUUAACCUAGUGCCUCCUUCUUAAGUCAAGUUAGGUAUACGUG